UCAGUCAGUCAGUGUUCGUCCUGCUUAUCUCCUCCACGCUUCGCUCCUCGUUGCUUGCCGUUUCGCCCACUGCAACCUCCCUCCCCCCUCCCGUGGAAAAUUCUCGGGCUUACCAUGAGAGGCGCCGCGAUCCAGGGACCAGGCCACGGCCUCGCCCGCGCGCCGCCGGCCGCCGUCCCGCUGCUGCACCCGCGGCCGCGGCGCGCCGUCGGAGCGGUCCCCCGCCACCGCCUGAGGAGCGACUUCCUGCCGCUGCUGCUGCCCACCGCCGCGCCCUUCCGGGCUCGCUCCCCGCCCUCUUCUUCUUCCUCUAAUGUGAACCCCGGGACAGGGGAGGGCGCGGACGAGCUGCUCGAGGAAUUGCUCCAGAAGCACGGCGAGGUCGUGUACAGCUCCGGCGGGGCCAGCAGCGCGGCCCUGGCCAGCGAGGCCGACGAGGACGCCGAGUGCCUGUCACUGGCCGUUUCUCUGGCUAAAGUUGCAAGCGAGGUCAAGGCCGCCGACAUCCGUGUGCUGUUCGUGAAGCCGAUUGUCUACUGGACCGAGUUCUUCAUCAUCCUCACCGCCUUCUCGAAUGCGCAGAUUGAGGCCAUCAGUUCCAAAAUGAGAGACAUAGGUGAGCAGCAGUUCAGCAGAGUUGCGUCUGGUGAUACAAAACCCAAUUCAUGGACCUUGCUGGACUUUGGCGAUGUCGUCGUGCAUAUAUUCCUUCCCCCGCAGCGGGAAUUCUACAACCUGGAGGAGUUCUACGGCAACGCCACCCCCAUCGAACUCCCUUUCGAGACCCAGCUGCAGUAAUCGCCGCUCGAAUCUUGGCAUUGGAGCCAAACGAGGACGUUCACUCAAAGACCUGCAGAUAGAUAGAUAGCUUGGUCGCACAGCUGGACAGUGAUGCCGAGUGAUUACUCUCCUGAAGUAUGUGAAAUUGGCGCCAUCAUGCGAACAUUCUUGUAAUCUGUUGUUAUACCAUGUGUAUCAUUGUAGCAACUACGCAGUACGCACUAUUGAACAAUGUUUAACAGCAAGAGGAAUAGAGUUCAGAAAGAUUGGCGGUA